CUCGUCAUCACGUUCGCUGCCGCUGAUUAGCGGUUUGCCCCGAGAGCGUGCACAUCAUCUCGCGAGAAGCGGGAAAAGGAACCGGAUUUGAAACAUGGCGGACGACGCGGAUCAGCAACAGACCACCAACACUGUAGAGGAGCCCUUGGAUCUCAUCAGACUCAGUCUAGAUGAAAGAAUUUAUGUGAAAAUGAGAAAUGACCGAGAACUGCGAGGAAGAUUGCAUGCUUAUGAUCAGCAUUUAAACAUGAUUUUGGGAGAUGUAGAAGAGACUGUGACAACUAUAGAAAUUGAUGAAGAAACCUAUGAGGAGAUCUAUAAAUCAACCAAGCGGAACAUUCCAAUGCUGUUUGUCCGAGGUGAUGGGGUUGUAUUAGUAGCCCCUCCAUUGAGAGUUGGCUGAAACCAAGACUUUAUCCUGUGUGGAAAAUUGGAGACUCUGGACAAUAGCUUCUACAAGAAAAGCUGGUGUUCAAAAGAACAGCCUCUGAUAACUUUUUGAUAUUUAGAAAUAAUCAAGGAACCCUCUACCCUUAAAAUGCAUUUAUUUCCAGACAAUUCCUGAUCUAACUGGCGUAACCCUCAUUCUUAGAUUUCUAAUACCAAACCUACAAAUUAAUGUAAGCAUCAUAAGACAGGACUCUUUUUCAGUGAUUUAAUUUGUCUCUUCAUCUUGUAGGCAAUUAUAUUUUUUUAAUUAAAUUUUCCUUUUGGUUUUUUGACCAGGC